AUGGGCAAGAUCAGUGUUAGCGACUCCAGGAGCAAGCAGAGACAUGAUCCUUUGUACAAAGAUCUUUCCACACAAGGAGGGAACUUACGGGAGACACCACGUCUAACCAAGCAAAAGAAAGAACAGCAAGAUGAAGGGUUUUUGGAUGCUACUACUUCUAGGAAGAUCUUACAGCUUGCUAAAGAACAACAAGAAGAAAUAGACGAUGAAGAUGAAACUGAAGGACCCAGUUUCUUGGAAUCUUUCAAACAGCGCAGAGGCAUGGAGGAAGAUGAUGAAGCUGAAGACUCAGGGGACGACUCCGAAGAAGAAGAGUACUCUGAUUUUGAAGGCGAGGACUAUUUUGAAGAGGAAGAAAUUGAAGUGGACGAAAAGGACGCAGAAUUGUUUAACAAAUACUUGGGCGGAGGAAAUGGCGGUACCAUCAACUUGGCUGACAAAAUUAUGGCCAAAAUACAAGAAAAGGAAAUGAUGAAAAACCAACCCCAAGAGAGACCACAAGAUGCUGUCUUGUUACCUCCUAAAGUUAUUGCUGCAUAUGAAAAGAUUGGACAAAUAUUAGCAUCGUACAAACACGGCAAGUUACCAAAGUUGUUUAAAGUUUUACCUAGUUUAAAGAAUUGGGAAGACGUGUUGUUUGUCACCAACCCUGAACAAUGGACCCCACACGCAGUUUAUGAAGGUACCAAAUUGUUUGUGUCUAACUUACAAGCUAACGAAGCUCAGAAAUAUGUGGAGAGUGUUCUUUUGGAAAAGUUUAGAGUGAGUAUCGAAGACUCCGAAGAUCAUUCCCUUAACUACCAUUUGUAUAGAGCAUUGAAGAAGAGUUUGUAUAAACCAGGUGCUUUUUUCAAGGGAUUUUUGUUCCCAUUGGUGGACUCUGGAUGCUCAGUCAGAGAAGCCACCAUUGCUGCCAGUGUUUUGGCCAAGGCAUCUGUGCCCGUAUUGCAUUCGAGUGUUGCAUUAUCACUGUUGUGUCAAAGAGACUUCAAACCUGCUACAACUGUUUUCAUUAGAGUAUUGAUUGAAAAGAAAUAUGCAUUGCCUUAUCAAACCAUCGACGAGUUGGUUUUCUAUUUCAUGCGUUUCAGAAGGGUCGAAGCCCAAGAAGAGUUAAUGGACGUUGAAGGUGCACAAAAAGCAAAUGAAUUGCCUCCAUUGCCUGUGGUUUGGCAUAAGGCUUUCCUUUCAUUUGCUCAAAGAUAUAAGAACGAUAUAACUGAUGACCAAAGAGAUUUUCUUUUGGAAACAGUCAGACAAAGAUUCCAUCAUUUAAUAGGACCUGAAAUCAGGCGUGAGUUGCUUGCUGGUGUUCCAAGACUCCCCCCUGCUGCUAAAGACGUUUCAAUGUAG